GCAGCAAUAACAUGGCAAAAAGUAGAUUUGAAUAUGUUAAGCACUUUGAAAUACUGGAUGAGUGUUUGAGAAACUGUUGGAUUGUUGUCCGAGUUGAUGGAAAGAACUUUCAUAAGUUUUCUGUUGCACAUAACUUUAAGAAGCCUAAUGAUGAUAAUGCUCUUGAUCUUAUGAACGAAUCUGCAUGUGGAGUAAUGAGGCUAUUUCAUGAUAUUAUAUUAGCCUAUGGAGCUAGUGAUGAAUAUUCUUUUGUGUUUAAAAAAGCAACAAAGACUUACAACAGACGAGCAAGCAAACUAUCAUCCACUGUGGUCUCACAAUUUUCAAGUUCUUAUACUUUUCAUUGGACGAAGUAUUUCCCAAAUCAAAAGCUCCUUUAUCCGCCUGUCUUUGAUUCUAGAGUUGUGUUAUAUCCAUCCGACAUGAAUAUGAGAGACUAUCUGAGCUGGCGUCAAGCUGAUUGUCACAUUAAUAAUCUUUUCAACACCUGCUUUUGGAAUUUGGUACAUGAUGGUAUGACAACAAAGCAAGCUGAAGCAUCUCUCAAGGGAACCAACUCAUCUGAGAAAAACGAAUUGUUGUUUUCGAAAUUUAGAACAAAUUACAAUGAUCUUCCUCAAGUCUACCGCAAGGGGACGAUAAUUUUGAGAAAAAAGGGUUGUGCAGAUUAUUCGAAGAAAGAUGAACUUUUUCAACCGAACUCAAACAGCAGAUUUGAAGUACUACACGAAGAUAUCAUAGGACAAGACUUUUGGACAGAACAUGCUGACCUUCUGACCUGAAUUUGGAUUGUGCCGGCAGAGUAGAAGUGAGAAUGAUGAGCCACAGGUGCGGUGCGGUCUAGCACUUCUUUGCGAAAGAAGUACGGGAAUCGGAUAUCAAAGUUUAGAAAGGGGUCACUGGACAACAAAAAAUUAUCACACAUUCGUCACGUGGUUAUUCUAUAAAUAAACCAUGAAAAGUUAUCUAUAAUGACUAUUUUUAUCGCUUACUUUGUCUGCGGAAGAAUAAUUUGUUCAAAUCUCUAAGAACAAUUUCCGUCCACUGGCUUAUUCACAAAGCCUAUCUGAAUAUCUUGACAAACAAGAUAAUGGCCCCACGUAACCAGAUACUACUUUGAGGCCUAAAGUAAACAUGCGCCGUAGUUGCCACACGCGGAUGUAGGCUGCAGAAAACUGGAUUUUGAACAAUCGCUGGUUUGUUGUGUGUGCCUCGGCCGGUGUAAAUAUCCCUCAUCAAUCAUGUUUACCCGGAUCGUUGUUUGUGUCCGAUGGCUUAAUAUCAUAAAUAAUAUGUGCUGGACUGAUACAUUGGAUUACGCUGGUGAGGAUUAUCUUUUUGAUAUUAUUGAGGUUUUCGGUGCAAAUAUGAUUAUAUACUUUUCAAAAUUAUCGAAUGCUUUUCGACUAGUUGAAUAUCAAUUAAAAUCGUUCAAACUGAAAUUUAUGGAAGUCUUCCUUUUACGCCAUGAUGGAUGUUUAUUAAAGUACAAAAUCUGUAUUUUCAUAUUUACUGAUAAACAGCUAAUGACUAUGCAUUUUUUAUGUUCGACUGCAAUCAUAGCAUAAUGGAUCGUGAAGGGCAUGCCAAAUGGCAAGUAUCCUUCUUGCUCUCUUGCGUGAAUGACUGUUUCUGUGAAACAAUGCCUGGGUUUACAUUGUGAUAUACCGUGGAUUGCGGAAGUGGACAUUGAGUUGAGUCCUUGUGGGUUUCGAACAAUUACCAUAUUUCAAUAACUGAUGCAAUUAAUUAUAAUAAUAAUUAUUUGUUACAAAAUUUACUUGAAUGAAUUGUUAUAAAACUAGAGGGGGUAACUUUUCGAAACGUAUAUUAGGUAUUGAACGAUUGUUAUCACUUUUUGAAGCAUAGCGUAUUUAUUUAUGUUGGUCGUGUAUUCUAGACUCGGGGCAAUCGUUUUGCAACUAUGUAUCUUUGUAAUCAUCUGUUAUUAUCGAUAAUAAGUAAUGAUGUGACCCUUUUGACGUGGCGUCCGUCUGGAUAUCUCUCGUCUUGACUGAAAUUUUGCUAGAAAUUCACCUUUCUGUAACAAUGUCUUAU